AUGGCCGAAGGAUUCAUUCAUCCGCCAUCUAAUGGAGGAAAUCAGAACUCACUCGAAGAUAUUGGUAACGAUUACUUCCUUAGUUUGUUGUCUAGGUCUUUCUUUCAAGAUGUACAAAGGAACACUUUAGGUGACAUUGUUUCGUUCAAAAUGCAUGAUCUUGUACAUGAUCUUGCAUUAAGUGUAAUUGGUAGCCAUGAAGUCUCGAUUAUGAAGACAAGUGAAAUAAAAAACGAUGCGUCUCAAAUUCGUCGGCUACGGUUAAUCAUGGAAGGGAAACCACAAGAAGAAGAAUUUGAUGUAUUAAAAAAUGCAACAAGAUUGCGGACAAUUCUUUUCCAAGGAGAAGGUUUUGUUUCUCCGAGUGCACUUAGUAACAAGCGUCUUCGUGUAAUACAUGAGAUGAAAACUAUGUACAUUGAUAGAAGCAUGAGAACUAUAUCUUCAACUUUGAAGUUCAAACAUAUGAGGUACAUUGACCUCAGUUGGUCUAAUCUUGAAGAUGUUCAUGCCGUUUCCAUUAAUCAACUCUACAAUCUGCAAACUCUCAACCUUUAUGGAUCCGAAAAUGUUCAAAAUAUUCUCAAGGGAAUUGGUUCUUUGGUUAAUUUGCGACAUCUAGAUCUCUCUUCUUCAGACGCCACAGUUUUACCUGAUUCCGUUACGACACUAACCAGCUUGAAAUUAACAGAUUUCUGCUUCGAUAAUUGCGCUCGAUUAAAAGCACUGCCUCGUGACUUUGGAGCUCUGACACAACUAAGGUCACUUGAGUUGGUCGGUACUAAAAUAGCAGAAUUGCCAGAGUCUUUGACUAGCAGCAUCUGUAAGUUAGAGAGGGUGUGCCUUUGGGGAAAUUGUAAGUUUCCCGGAGACAUUAAGAAUUGGGUGGAUAAAGAAGAAGAAGAAGAAGAAGAAGAAGACGUCUCCAAUAUCCAAGAAUUAGAAGAUUUACAAUCCCUUCAGAGUUUAUGGAUUAUAAAUCUAGAGAAUGUGAGAGGUGGUAAAAUAGAGGCAGAGAAGGCAAAAUUGAAAGGCAAGCAAAACAUUCGAAAAUUGAGUUUAGAAUGGAAGAAGAAUUUCCGAGCAGAAGAAGAAUGGACGACUAACAAUUCUUUUAUGGCGCUGGAAGGCCUCCAACCUCACCCUAAUUUGGAGAAAUUGUUCAUCGAGGGUUUUCCGGGUUUAAAGCUUCCAAAGUGGAUGGGAUCAUCUUCUUGUCUUCCUAAUUUGGUGAAAUUAAAAUUCAAAGACUGUAAGAGUUGUACAAAAUUAGUAGGCCUGGGUCAACUCCCGUGUCUUCAGAUUCUUGAGAUUAAAAGAAUGAAUUCAGUCAAGUGUUUAGGCAAGGAGUUUUAUUACCAGCAACAAGAAGAAGAAGAAGUAGAAGAAGAAGAAAGCAAAGGUUCCGCAACACCUGCUACAACAACAAGAACACUGUUCCCUUCGUUAACUACGUUGCUCAUUAGAAAACUGGAAAAUUUAGAAGAAUGGUCUGCACCUCAGCAGCAUGAUAUUUCCUUUCCUUGCCUUGAGAAAGUAAAGAUCAAAGAGUGCCGUAAGUUGACAUCUAUACCAGAUUUGAGAUUAUGGACUUCUUCUCUCACCGAAUUAAUCAUAUGGAAUUGCAAAAAGAUGAAAAGGGGCAAUCCGUUGGAUAUCCACUUCGAUUUGAGAUGCUUGAAAGAAUGUAAAGAUAUGUGGUCUAGUAGUCACUGCAAUUUCAUAUAUUAA